AGUCUCAGCCUCAUAAACGGGGAUCAGGCAGGAGGAGUUUGGGAGAAACUUGUUAAGGGCCUGAUUUGUAACAUGAUGAUGGGCUUCUCUAUGGCCUCUCCUGUGCUCCUGGCCUUCCUCCUUAGUCUCCACCUUGGAACUGCCAUAUGUGGGAGCGACAUAGCCAGGUCCGGCUGCUUCCAAUAUAGCCACAAGUCCCUGCCCUGGACCUCUGUGCAAAGCUAUGAAUUCACCAGUAAUAGCUGCUUCCAGUGGGCUGUGAUAUUCACUACCAAAAGAGGCAAGAAAGUCUGUACCCAUCCAAGGGGAAAAUGGGUGCAAAGAUACAUUUCUUUGUUGAAAACUCAGAAACAAUGUGACUCAGCUGAAUUUUCAUCCAAGGACGCCUGGACCCCGCUCUUGGCUCUGCAGCCCUCGGGAGAGCCUGCGCAAUCUUUUCCGAAGCCUCCAUGGGCCUGGUGGGGAGGAGAGGGUGUCAAGGGCCCCUCGGUUCUGGAGAGUUACCCGGGCCGGCGACGUGAUUUGUCGCUGGAGGGAGGCCAGGGAGGCGGCCGACGCUUCGAUAGCCAGGCGAAGCUUGUCCUCUAG